GGCUAAUCCUAACUCUCGAAUAUUCACAAAACCACGUGAAACCCAAAACUUUUUCCAUCCUUAUAACCUUCAUCUUUAUUCUCUCUUUCCUCUCUUCACAGAAAAGAAGAUUUUUGAAUCAUCCCACAAGCAUUCCUUGCUUCUUUCAUUCGUCUGCUACACCACACACACACAUAUAUAUACACAUCACCAAACACUAUUGCAUGCAUCCACAGCACAACUCACCUAUAUCUCUCAUUACAAUUUAUUUAAUCUUAUUCCUUCCUAAAAUUCUGCAUCAUCAUGGUCCUUGGAACAAUGGCAAGACAUUUGGACACAAUAAUAGGUGAGUUUUUUGUUUUCUGCAUGCCAGGCCUGGUGUGAUGCUUCUUUAUCCUCUGUAAGUAACUAUAUGCCAUAUCAUGCGAUUAUAUAUAUAUAUAUGUGUGUGUGUAUGUAUAUGUAUGUAUCAUUUUCAUUUUCACACCUCCUCAUGGCUCUUAUUGAUUAAUUAACAAUUAUUUAGAAAGAAAACAAGCAUCCUACGCAGUGCCAUGCAUGCAGAUUAUUUUCACCAUAAGACUAAUCAUUGACUUGUUGGCUUCGAGUAACUAUCAUAGAUAUGCAUCAAUGAAGGCGAUUGAAAGUCCUUCAACCUUAGAUGAUCAACAAUGGCUAACGUAUUGGGUUUUAUACUCCUUCUUGACUCUCUUUGAGCUUUCCACUCAUAGGAUCCUAUGUUGGUUUCCAAUUUGGGGAUACCUGAAGCUUGUGUUUUGCAUCUGGUUGGUGCUGCCAAUGUUCAAUGGAGCGGCUUACAUAUAUGAAAAAUAUGUGAGGCAAUACAUAAAGAAUAUUGGAAGCUACAGAAGUUCCAAUUAUCCUGAGGAGUACAAGAAGGUCCUUCACAUGAUGACCUUCGAUGCAAGGAAAGCAGUUGAACGCUAUAUCGAUAGACAUGGCCCUGAAGCUUUUGAGAGAGUAAUCAGAGCGGCUGAAAAAGAAGCGAAAAAGCGCUGAGUGAGUAUCGAUUUGACCGGUUUUGGAAUGAAAAGAACGUAAACAUGCUCCAAACGAUACUUCUUCCAGUGUACAUUUUCAACAUGAUGGAGACGGAGUCUCACAAUUAUAGU